CCCCUUAGAGCCCUUCCGUUCAUAUAAAACCCUAAUUGUCCGGAGAAGACACAGGCGAACGAACGGUUUCAAUCUACUCCUGGCACAGAUUUUUAGAUCUCUCUCUUCUCUCAAUUCUCUAAUCUGUUCCACCCUUUCCCCUCCUUGUGAUUCCUCUCUGUCGUUGUAUCGAUUUCUGAAAGAGAAGCAAAAGUCAUGGCGGAUCAGCUCACUGACGAUCAGAUCUCCGAGUUCAAGGAGGCUUUCAGCUUGUUCGACAAGGAUGGAGACGGUUGCAUCACAACCAAGGAGCUGGGAACUGUAAUGAGAUCACUGGGACAGAACCCAACAGAAGCUGAGCUCCAGGACAUGAUAAAUGAGGUGGAUGCAGAUGGGAAUGGAACCAUCGACUUUCCAGAGUUCCUAAACCUUAUGGCCCGGAAGAUGAAGGACACCGACUCUGAGGAGGAGCUCAAAGAGGCCUUCAGGGUGUUCGACAAGGAUCAGAAUGGUUUCAUUUCUGCAGCUGAGCUACGCCAUGUCAUGACCAACCUUGGUGAGAAGCUCACAGAUGAAGAGGUUGAUGAGAUGAUCCGUGAGGCCGAUGUUGAUGGUGAUGGACAGAUCAACUACGAGGAGUUUGUGAAGGUCAUGAUGGCAAAGUGAGGACCAGCUCUCCAAAAUCAAAAGAAAAAGAAAAAAGAGGGGAAAAAAAACUAAAAAAAGGGGACAGGGUAGAUAAGUAUAAUGAUGUUUCUAUUUUCCUAUAGGAAUUAAUUUGAUAGUUCUUAAAAGGAAUAGUAUUAAGGGGAAGUAGUGUCGUUGGUGCUUGGUACCCUCGCCCUUUUCAUGUUGGUUGUGUGAUUCUGUUUUUCUCUCGGCCUG